AUGCGACUCGCGCUCGUGCUCAGCCUCGCGGCGCUGGGCGCAGCAUGCGCCACCGCUGCGGACGUGAGCGUGUGCGGCGAUGCCACCUACUCGCUGUCGGAGGCCCGCGGCGCACUGUGCUCUGGCGCGGGCGCCGCGCCGGAGGGCACGGCCUGCCCCCUGCGGGGCGACGUAGCGGUGGCCGACUGCCACGACUACCUCCCGUCCUUCGUAGAAGGGUCCUCCUGCGUGGCGCCCGAGGACGCCGAGUGCCGGAUCGUCACAGGAUCCACCUGGGGUUGUGUGUUGCCGUCUAUUGGCUGCGGUGACAGCGGCAGCGGCACGCCGGCA